UAAAACAAAGGAAAAUUAAGCACUCUCCAAGUUGAGGCGGUUUCAGACACCUAACUGAACUGACCACUUUUCCGACAUUUGUGCUCUCUCCUCUCUUUCUCCUUUCUCUAUCCUCUCCCGAACUCUUCUAUUCAUUUUUACCAAGACACAAUUAAAUACUCCUCACCAAGUUUUACACCACUCUCCUCGUCCAAACCCAACAAAUAUCAAACCUAUCUCGAUCAGCUUCCUCACUCGAAUCCUUCUUUCCUAACAUUUAUCCCUCCAAAAACACCAAACCCUUCUCAGUUAAUUUCAUAGAAAAUCAUGAAUGCUUUUGAUCAAUCUCAGAGACAAGACUCCUUGAAAAGAAGAUGGCAAGAGAGCAGAGUACAGCUUGGUGGUGGUGGUGCAAUUACUCCAACUUCUUCUCAUUUGAACAGAAACCCUAAUGGCAGUAGUCUCCAUGGCUUCCCAGGACUUCUUGACGACGAUCUUGUUUCCACCGUGGUCCCUCCGGUCACCGUUGUGCUUGAAGGCCGUUCGAUCUGCCAGCGCAUUUGCCUCCAGAAACAUGCAAGCUACCAAAGUCUUGCCAAGGCCCUCCGACAGAUGUUCGUGGAUAGUGGCGAUGUGGGAACCAUUAACGAGAAGGAUCUUGAUCUUUCAAAUGCUGUUCCUGGUCAUGUUAUUGCUUAUGAAGACAUGGAAGAUGAUCUUCUUCUUGCCGGUGACCUCAAUUGGAAGGAUUUUGUACGUGUUGCGAAGAGAAUUCGGAUACUCCCAGCCAAGGGAAAUUCAAGGAGGGGAAGAAGGGGAACAUAGAGCUAGCAUAUAUAUGCUGGAAUUUGGCAUUUUGCAGACGUUUUGUUGGCAAGAAAGUCAAGGAAGUUAUGCAAGUAAUAAACAAGGAACUUGAUCGUUCAAAGAAGAAGAAAAAAAAAAAAAAAAAAAAAAAACAAGGAACUUGUGUCUCAUGAAAGCAUGGAUUAAUGUCAUACAUAGCUAGCUACCUUUUAAUGGAAUCAUAUGUACUUUUCCCACUGAAAUGUGAAGCAUUUUCACUGUUUUUCUUUUGUUUUGUUUUUCUUAUAUGAAUAAAGUUUUUUCCCAUAUCAA